GUGGCCUGGGAAGGGCCUGGCGAGGCCGGGAGGGCGCGUCGACGCCGCUGGACUCCUGGGCCGCAGCCUGGGCCGGACUCCGGGGGAAACGGCUCCAGAAAAGAAACUGCAAAAUGCCGCCUCGGUUCAGGGUCCGGAGCCCUCCGGGCGGUUUUCCGCUCUUAGCGUUUGUGGGUUUAAGCCUCCCCCUACUCCGUUUCCCGGAGUUUAAACUUUAGAUUUACUCGUUUUUGGCAGUCUUGCUCGUUUGGCGGUGUUUUCCUACAGCCAGUCCUAGAGUGAUUUAACUAUUUCUUUUUUUAUUUACCGUAACCAUGUCUACUUGCUAAGUUUCUUCCCAUUUCUCUAAAUUUUAAAUCAAUUUCUAGCCAGUGAUGCUAUUUUCUUGAGCCCUUGUUUUUUUGGGGCCAGGGAGAAUGGGUAACGCUACUUUUAAGCAGCUUUGAUAACUUUUUGAUAAAGGAAGUAAAUCUUAAUAAGAGGAAGAAAAGAGGACUAAUUUUUGGUUGGCUGUUCCUAAAAAAAGAGCAUCCGUUCUUCAACUGUUGUUUUUCGUAUUGAACAACAUCCAAGUGCAGGUGCCUUCUCCAAGAGAGGCAGCAGGGAGGGAGAAAUGGCAAGGAGGUUGCUGCCAGCCCAUGUACAGGAGUCCGUGACGUUCAGGGAUGUGGCCGUGUUCUUCAGCCAGGACGAGUGGUUGCACCUGGACUCUGCCCAGAGAGCCUUGUACCGGGAGGUGAUGCUGGAGAACUACAGCAUCCUGGUCUCACUGGGGAUUCUCUUUUCCAAGCCAAAGGUCAUCUCCCAGUUAGAGCAAGGAGAAGACCCCUGGAUGGUGGAGAGUGGAGUUCCCCAAGGCGCACAUCUCGGAUGGGAAAGCUUGUUUGAAACCAUAGUUUCUAAAGAAGAAAAUCAGGAAGUCAUGAAAAAACUCAUAAUUGAUGGCGCAUUUGACUUCAAGUUGGAGAAAACCUACAUAAAUGAAGAUAAGUUAGAGAAGCAACAAGGCAAAAAGAACAGACUUUUCAGUAAAGUGUUAGUUACCAUCAAAAAAGUCUACAUGAAGGAGAGGAGCUUUAAAGGUGUUGAAUUUGGGAAAACCCUUGGUCUAAAAUCAUCGCUUAUUAGAAAACCGAGAAUAGUUUCCAGAGGAAGGAGACCCCGUUCACAGCAGUAUUCAGUUCUCUUUAAACAACUGGGGGUCAGCACAGUGCGUAAAUGUUAUAAAUGUAAUAUCUGUGGGAAAAUCUUCCUCCACAGUUCCUCCCUGAGUAAACACCAGAGAAUCCACACUGGAGAGAAGCUCUAUAAAUGUAAGGAAUGUAGGAAAGCCUUCAGCCAAAGCUCAUCCCUAACUCAGCACUUGAGGGUUCAUACAGGAGAGAAACCUUAUAUAUGUAGUGAAUGUGGAAAAGCCUUCAGUUUCACCACAUCUCUUAUUGGACACCAGAGAAUGCAUACUGGAGAGAGACCUUAUAAAUGCAAGGAAUGUGGAAAAACAUUUAAAGGUAGUUCAUCUCUUAAUAAUCACCAGCGAAUCCACACAGGAGAGAAGCCCUAUAAAUGUAAUGAAUGUGGGAGGGCCUUCAGUCAGUGCUCAUCUCUCAUUCAGCACCACAGAAUUCAUACUGGGGAGAAACCGUAUGAAUGUACUCAGUGUGGGAAAGCCUUCACUUCAAUAUCGCGGCUAAGUAGGCACCAUCGAAUUCAUACUGGAGAGAAACCCUUUCAUUGUAAUGAGUGUGGAAAAGUAUUCAGCUAUCACUCAGCCCUUAUCAUACAUCAGAGAAUUCACACUGGUGAGAAACCAUAUGCAUGCAAAGAAUGUGGGAAAGCCUUCAGCCAAAGCUCAGCUCUCAUACAACAUCAAAGAAUUCACACUGGAGAAAAACCCUACAAAUGUAAUGAAUGUGGGAAAGCCUUCUCUUGGAUUUCACGGCUUAAUAUACAUCACAGAAUUCACACUGGAGAGAAACCAUAUAAUUGUAAGGAAUGUGGAAAAGCCUUCAGUUCCCACUCAGGCGUUAAUACUCAUCGAAAAAUUCAUACUGGAGAAAAACCUUAUAAAUGUAAUGACUGUGAGAAAGCCUUCAACCAAAGCUCAGCUCUAAUUCAGCACCAGAGAAUUCAUACUGGAGAGAAACCAUAUAAUUGUAAAGUGUGUGGGAAAGCCUUCAGACAGAGUUCAUCCCUUAUGACACACAUGAGAAUUCAUACAGGGGAAAAACCUUAUAAAUGUAAAGAAUGUGGGAAGGCUUUUAGUCAGAGCUCAUCUCUUACUAAUCAUCAAAGGACUCAUAAUUGAGAAAAACUGUAUAAAUGCAUGUAGGAACUGAAGUUAUAUUCCAUACUGAAUAUCAAAAAAUUCAUUGUGGGGAGAAAGUGAUGAAGAGUAGUUAAUCAUAGGUAAAACUUCAGUGUUAGACCUCAUCAAACAUCGGAGACUUCAUGAUGCAGGGUAACCUUGGGAAUGCUAGAAAAGCUUCUAUAAAAUGUUUAUUCAUAUGUUCUUAAGUUAUUACCAUGAAAUGGAGAAUUUUUAAGAUUGCAGGGUUAGUAUUUGAUUGUCUAGUGAUGUACGAUAACAGCCACCAGCUUUCCUGAGCAUCACUGGGAAGCCUGCUGUUUAUGUACAAGUACAGCCAUAAAAUCCAGAGACAGAUAAAUCUAGGAAUCUAUUUUUUGAAACUAUUAUGCAAGCCAGUGGUACUAGAAAGAAUGUUUUAGAAAAGAAAUAUGUACAGGUGACCCAUAGCUACCUCACUGUCACUAAAAUGUUUUUUAAUAAUCUUAAAGCAGAUUCUGCACUUCAUGGUAAAGACUUUGAAUUGUUUCUCUGCUUCCUAAGCCAUUCACCUGAGAAGAAAAUCACUCCAUAAACUAUGCAGACGUACUGUCUUUGAGUUUUCUUCCUGACUACUUGUUCCAAACUCUGAGUCAGAUCUAAAGUCACUUUAAGUCACAGAACGCAUGGUAUUUCACUUGUUUUUCUCAUUAAAAGUGAUUACCUUUGCUGUAUUAAAUUGAUAAGUAAAGGUCAUUCAGACAACCA